AUGCUGCCAGCGUCGGCUUCUUGGCCCAAAGCAGCGUGGAAGCGCAAGCUUCUCCAAGCCAGGUUAACACGACGGAUUCGAGCACCCAAGUUCAGCAGCAUCGGUGCCACGCCAGGGAAGCACAUCCCAGUAUGCGACGUCAAAAACCCCUCUCUUCACAGAAUUCAACUUGAUCCGUCGGCUCGUACGGGAACAAGAGAAGAUCUCGACGAUCGUUUUGCGGGGUACCGGCCGGGCCGCAACGUCGUGGCUCGACAAGGAACAGUGCAUGAAUUGAGGUGCUGCUCGAUGCUCCCCAAGUAG